GCACAAUCUCCCUGUGCUCAAUGACUACGUCAAACACAAAAGACGGGCUCUUCACGAGCUACGACGCCGAGUACUGGAACACCUACCUAGACGCUCGUCCAACGUACUCGCCCAACUUCUACAACCUUAUAUUCCAACACCACGCCCAAAAAGGCAAUAACAGCUGGACACUGGCGCAUGACGUGGGUACUGGACCUGGAAACGUAGCGGCCGUGCUCGCGGAGCGCUUCGAACGGGUCAUCGCCACAGACGCGAGUCCUGACCAUGUCAACGCCGCACGACAGCGCCAGCAACAAACAGACAAGAUCAGCUUUUCGGAAUGCAAAGGCGAGGACCUAGCUCACGCGGGGCUAUCACCACCACGCACCGCCGACCUCGUCGCGAACGCGGAAGCGAUCCCGCUUAUGGACGCUGAGGAAGCCAUCGGGUGCUUCGCAGAGCUACUGGCGCCCGGUGGAACAUGUGCAGUGUGGUUCUACGGGCGGCCGACGUUCGCUGGGCCCGACUCCACAGUGAACGAGGCAUGCCAGCGCAUCUUUUACUGCAUCUCCACGCGGCUACUGAACAAAAUAGGCGGCGUGAGCGGGCCGUUUUGGGAGCGUUCUACACGCACUAUUGCCUCGCAGCUGGAUAACGUUGCGUUUCCUGCUGCGCAGUGGCGUGAUGUGGUUAGGUAUAAGUGGAAUUGUGAGCAGGCUACUAUGCUAUUUCAUGAUGAGAGUCAGUUUGGAGGGCCGGUUGAGCGGGUGAACUGUGUUGGGCCUACCGAAGAGGUUGUCUCGAAGACGGACCCUGGGUUUUGGCAGAUGCAGUGGGGUGCUGCUGAGGUGCGUAGGUGGUUUGAGGCUCAUUUGCCGACCUGGUUUGAGGAUAAGGCUCAAGAUCUGGAGCUGGAGGGCUGGUAUGAGGAGUUGGAUCGUGUUAUGGGAGGCGGUUCUCUGCCGGUGGCGUGGCCCGUGGUUUUGCUCCUCGCGACGAGAGUGUAGUGUGUGUCUUGCGUCGAGUUUGGCAAUACAGUAUUUGAC